CACCAGUGACAUCAAGAUCAAGAAUAAGAAGUAUUUGUUUAUAGUGUGUGCGGCUGAAAAGAGCUGCUCGACAUGAGAAGCUGCCAUGCUGCACACAGAAACAGUUAUCUUGCUCCUCGUGUGCACAGCAGGAGUGAGGUCAUGGCAAGACACUGUGGACCCCAUUCAUUAUCAUGGGGAUGAGAGUUUAGAGUGCCAAAAAGAAAAAUAUUCAGAGAAGUAUAGUGAUGGCACAGAGUCAUCCUGCAAGAAGACAGCAGAGGUGAGAGGAGAGGGAGAAUGUGCUGCUUCAAGGGAAAGUGGAAUAGUUGGUGAGGCAGACUGUGGCACUUUUGUCAGUGAAGAGAAUGACCAGAGUGAUUUGGUGAUGUUAGGACAAGAAGACCAAGAAUUUUCUAGAGAAAAUACUGAUGCUGUUUUAAAAGAAUGUUCUCAGCAAACUUUAGAAACAAGUGCAUGUGAGUCAUUAGAUAGUUCUGUUAACUCACCCAAAGAAGAGGAUCAUGAGUUACUCCAUGAAUCAUUUGAUGCCUGCAAAGAUGCUCAACAGCCAGAUCUCAUUCAGUUAAAGGAUGAGGGGGAUAAACUUGAAGAUAAUGAUGACUUGCCAGGGACAGAUGAUCUCACCAACAAGGAACCAGCAAAGGAAGAAUUGGAUUCUGAACAAGAAAAAGUUCCUCUCAGAGAAAUUUUAAUGAAACUCAAGCCAGAAGGCCUAACAGAUGAUGAAGAUGAGCAGUCAUCUGAUUACUUGGCAUCAGAAUCGAGUAUGGGGGAUGAAUCUGAGGUUGAAGAAGAAGCACUUGUCUCAUCUGGGUCUUCAGAAAAACAAGAGCAGAAUCUUGACAGCAAUGGGACAAAGGGCACCAUUGAUGGGAAUGGUGCCAACAGCUCUGCAGGAAGCAAAAAGGCAGUGUGCUUGGAGCUUAAUGUCACAACAGAGACCAUCAUUGAUGUAGAGGUUAUUAAUGCAACUGCACUCUUGAAGCUGCUGCAGGUGGACCCUAAUGUGACAAGCAGGUCAUCCAGUGGACCAUGCUUCCUCGUUUACUUCUUCAGCCCAUAUUGCCCAUUUUCUAUCAUGGGCUCACCCUAUGUAAAUGCUCUGGCUCGCUCAUUGCCCAACAUUCCCAUAUUUGGCCUUGACAGUAUUGAACAUCACAGUGUUAAUGCUCGUUAUGGAGUGAUGGGGACCCCAACACUACUGCUGUUCCACAAUGGAAAUGGAGUUGGGCGCUACAAUGCCUCAGAAUACUCAGUGGCACAGCUCAUGUCCUUCAUUAGACACUACACUGAUCAAGAGUUAACUAAUAUCAAUGUCACUUCCUCAGACUUCAGGGCCAACUUACCAUCUCAGCUGGCAGAGGCACGUCCAUAUGCACUCUGGGCUGCAUGGAUCUUUCUGCUCAGCUUUGCCUCAUGGCUCUUUCUGACCUCGGAUCUGUGUGCAAGACUGACUGAGGCAAUAUUAAACAACUGGAGGGAAGCUGAGGCACAAAAUGACCACCAGGACUGAUGUCAAGUUAAGGCUCAUUGUGAUCUGUCAGUCAGUAAGCUGUUUUUGAGGUAAGGACUCUUAGCCUCAGGAUCAUGUAGUUUGAAAGACAUUGAUUGCUCUCCUGUGAUAGUCCUCCCUGGAGAUAAAGAACAAUUACCAAAAGUACCAGAUACAUGAAGAGAUGAAUAAAUUGAUUGGAACAGCCCAUCAUCAAGCUGAUUUCUUUCUGCUUUCCUCUCUUCUGGAACUUUGAAUAUUUUCAGGUGAAGGAUUAGCAUGCCUUAAUGUGUAAUAUAUUAUUUUGUAACUGGAGCAGUAGUAUUGGCACCAGGUUGAUUAACUGUAUAGUGUAGCAAGGUGAAUUUUACUGGGUGAUCUUUCAUCUUUCUAUUCUGCCUAUUAAUUUUCUUGGGCAUGGCAUCCCCACGCUGCCAGAGUGGGAUAUUGAAUUAAUGAUAAUGAGUACUUUUGAUUCUUUAAUUAUCAUCUGUACCAUCUAGACAUGUUUUUUGUUAGCAGCACAAUCAACUUAUCAACUUAAGGACCUUGCCUCGUCAUGAAAAACCACUGCCCGCCAACUAAAAGCCACUUUCAAGAAAUGAGCAUGAUAAUAAUUAUACCAGUUUAUCUGCAGUGUUGGGGGCUGCAAUCACCUAAACUCGAGAUAUAUUGGCUCAAUGACCACCACGCUAUCAAGACGAUUAAUCAUGCAUAUAAAAGACGGAGCAAUAUCACGGCAUUCUAUUACAAAGUAUGAAUCACCAGCCAUCAGACAACAGUUAGAACAAACUACCAUAGUACACAAAGAACUCAACAGAAGACACUUAAGUAUGGCUGAAGCCGUAUAUAUCUGUAUCAACAAACCAGCAACUCACAGAGACAAGCCUGCCCUCUCACCACCAACCAAAACUUGCCAGCUGAUUGGUGGACCAUGUGUCGACUUUUAUUGGCUGCCUCGCACUACAGCUUUCAAGAACGCCCAGAGCACAUAUAAGAUGCCAACUCGCCACUUGCCCUCAUUCCACUCACCAUUUCUUUUGAAGGUGGUCUUCUCAGACCAAAAAACGUCUCGAGAACAUGAAUCUUGUAUAGCAACUGACAACGCUGAACAGCUGUCAACAGUCUCUUGUUAGAGACAUAAGAAAACCACAAAAAGGUUUAACAAUGCUUUAACCACUACUGACUUCAAGAAAGUAUGUAUUUUACACGGUCUACUUCCAAAAUACGUGUAUAUACACCAGGUAUGCCCACUACAUGUCUAACAAUGCUUUAACCACUGCUGACUUCAAUAAAGCAUGUAUUUUACACGGUCUACUUCCAGAAUACGUGUAUAGACACCAGGUACGCCCACUACAUGUCUUCACAAUAGGCAAAAUGCCUACUACAUUAUGACCUGAAAAUAUAACCCACAAAUUCAAAGUGCGCGAUUUGAACCCAUAGUAUGCAAGGUGGAGGGAAGGAAUGAAGGAACUAUCAAAUGCCACACCCAAGCUGACACUCCAGUCAGUCAAACAAAACAAAACAAGAUACAAAAACAGAAACAAGUGAUGAAAAUGUAAAAUAAACAAUAACAUGUGGAAGGUGAGAGGUGAGAGUUGGGGGACGACAGCCAGUAGGAAGGCCUAGGAAAAAGUGGAGUGUGUGUGUGAUGGAGGAUAUGAAUAUAUUGGGGAUAGAGGAGGAUAUGUCACAAGAUCAGGAGAUGUGAAGAACAGUCAUCGCCUGUCCAACCCCAUCUUAAAUGGGAAAAUAUGGACGUUAAACGAUGAUGAUGAUGAUGAUGAGGGGCACUGUGGAAUGCACACAGCACACCUCAUACUUUUCUUUGUUUAUAAGCCAUGCUGCCUGUGCUGCCUCACUGUCACCACCACACCACAGUGACACUCCAGUCAAUCAAACAAAAGAAAACAAAAACAAACAGAAACAAGUGAUGAAAAUGUAAAAUAAAACACAAUAACAUGUGUCAGGGCACUGUGGAAUGCACAUGAUGCACCUCAUACUUUUCUUUGCUUACAGAUGAUGCCUCCCCUGCCACCUCACCACCACACCACACUGCCACUCUAGUCUGUCAGACAAAACAAAACAGAAAACAGAAACAAACAAUUAAAAUGUUGAGUAAAUACAUUAACAUGUAUAAGGACACUGUGGAAAUAACAUGGCACACUUCAUACUUUUCUUUGUUUUCCAGUCUCACCACCCUCAGUGCCUCACUGCCGCCACCUGACCCUCAGCACCUCGUUCCCAAAGUUAUUUUAAGAUUUUGUGUGGCAUAAUGUCCUGUUUAUGUCAAAUAAAGUAUAGCUGCAUAUAUGUACACUCGGCCCUCAAUUUAACAGAAUAAAAGGGGGGAAGGGUGGUCCAUUGCUUGAAAAAAUCCGUUGCUUAAAAAUACAGUUUUGACGUUUCUUUAGCCGGUGUCACACUGGACAAAUCUACCCAACCUCCCUUCUAGCUCGGAACUUUUUUUUAUUUUUUUUUAUUUUUUUUUUUUUUUUUUUUUUUAUGAUCCAGGCAGCCAGGUGCAUGUGUGCAAGUGGCCCCGGCCGCACACCGGGCUUGAGCAGCUGACGGGCGGCUGAUGAUGGUGGUGGUAAUGAUGGGUGUCAGCGGCAUGGCCCCUGCAUCGGCGGUGCUUUCGUUGGGGCCCGUGUGUGGGUGGCUGUGUUUAUUGUGGGCCCGGGCUCCUCAAUUUGCUAAUUCUUGUUUUCCACAUGUUGCGCGGGACUUCUUUCUUUUCUUCCAUCUCUUCUUUUUAAAAAAAAAAAGAGAUGGAAGAAAGGAAAGGGGUCCCAUGCAACAUGUGGAGAAUGGGAAUUGGCAAAUUGAGAACCCCAAACCUAUAAUAAACACAGUCACACGCGCAGGCCCCGUUGGGGAUGUCGUUCAGGUGCCGCCAAUGCUCAUCAUCGCCAUCACUGUCAUCAGCCGCCCAUCAGCUGUUCGGGGCUGGGCCCAGCGCACGGCCGGGGCUGUCUGCAUGCUUGCGCUUGGCCACCCGUCCGGGUGGCCAAGCGCAAGAUGUCAACGGUUUUCAAUUUUCCCCAUAAAAGCGGACACACACUAUACGAUGCGUCCUGUCAGGCAACCGAAAAGUGGACGGAGCUAGAGGUCAUGAGGCAGUGUGUGUGGGUGUAAUUUGUGUGGCGCGGCCUCACGACAUGGCCUGAUGGCCUUCUGUUUAGGGUUUUGACGUUUCUAAAGCCAGUGUCACACCAGUCCGUUGAAAUUUUGUUGUCCGUUAAAUCGGGGUCCGUUAAAUCGAGGGUCGAGUGUAUGUGUAUCUUUUUGGUGUCCUAUGACGAGGGCAUGGCCAUAAGGCAGUUGGCAAGGAAGGCAGCCAUACAAAAAUGUUAGUCAGUCAGGGCAGUGCUGCCCAUAUACCAUUUUCCCAUAAGAACAUGUAUUCCUACUACACAAAUUCUUACUAUACGAGCUCAUAUGUGGACCAUAAAGUAGCACAGUAGGCAUGCCUACUGAAAAUAUAUAUAUAUAUAUAUAUAUAUAUAUAUAUAUAUAUAUAUAUAUAUAUAUAUAUAUAUAUAUAUAUAUAUAUAUAUAUCAAUCAAUCAAUGGGGGCAUAUGCCGGGGGGCGUGUCGCCACGCCCACCCUACGACGCCAAACCUGCGAGUCUCCAUGCAGGCCCCCUUCCCAACCCGAGUACCUCCUGGCAGGAUCUAUCGACUUGCUCAAGCCACGAACUCCGUGGGCGUCCCCUUGGCCUCCUCCACUCAGGAUUGUCUCUUACAGAGACAACCUGAUGAGCAGGAUCAACUUCCGGAAAACGUGCCACGUGCCCGUAUAGCUGUAGUUGGCAUUGACGGACUAUGCAGGUAAUAUAUGUCGAAUCAGUCUCACGGAGUAAUCGCCGGUUUGACACAGUCAUUCCAGCGAUAUCCCAUGAUUCUGUGUAGACACUUAUUACCAAAGGCAUCAAUCUGCCUCUCCAAGUCGCCAUUUACAGUACCCUCUCAAGUUUCACGCUCGCUUCGUUCCGAAGGUAUAAUGCUAAACUUGAGGCAUUGAAAACACUGAAAAAGCGCUUAUUUGUUCCGACCCGUGGAGAUUUUUUUUUUCUUUUUUUGUACAUGUGGCCUAUGGCGCCGGUAGACUAUCCAUCUUUGCCUGAUGGUUGGCCCCAAGCCUGUCAUGGCACAGACAACUGUUUAUAGUGCCGCCAUUAUAAUUGGCUCAUGCUGCCCCCCAGAGCUCACUUUUUUCCUCUUUUACUCCCUCGUUAUCUCAGAAUAUGUACCUUCAACAAUAUCCUUUUCAUAUCCUUUCUCUUCUUCUCUCCUUAUUUUCACGUAUUCGUUUCUUGGAGAGAACGGGUCGUUUUAAAGCCACAGAUGAAGCCUUAUGAUUGGCUAAGCACUGAAAACACGCUUGUGAUUCACUGGGAGUGCGAUGACAUCAUCUCCAGCGCUAACCCAAUCAGCAGCCUCACUGCCAUAUGGCGGUGUCACACUGGCCAUUUUCCUCUAACCGUUGUGGCUACUGGCAACGCCCAUACGCAUAUCCAGGAGCGAGUUGUCGGUUGUCCAUAAGCUGGUGUCACCCCGGGCCUUUUUUCUUCCCACCGCGUUGGCGGCAGCAACUAUUCCAGGUGUGCGUCACACACAUAAGGGGAAAUUAGAAAGGUGUGUGUGUGUGUGUGUGUGUGUGUGUGUGUGUGGGGGGGGGGGGCAGAAGGGAGAGUCAGGUUAUGUCAUGACACACACACACACACACACAGACACACACACAGAAAGGGAAAUUAGAAGGGUGGGGGGAGGGAGGGGCAGAAGGGAGAGUCAGGUCAUGUCUUGACCUGGGGCAGGUCAUAUCCUGACCAAAGCCAUGAUCUGACUCUCCUUUCUGCCCCUCCCUCCCCACACCAUUCUCAUUCCUCUUCUGUGUGUGUGUGUGUAAUUUUUUUUCACCUCUUGGUCUGCUGCGGGUCUCUCACGAGACAGCCAGCCGUUCCCCUACGGAAGAGCACAGAGCUCGUAGUACCGAUCUUUGGGUAGGACUGAGACCACUCACUGUUGUGUGUGUGUGUGUGUGUGACAAGUCAGGACAUGACCUGACCUGAGUCAGGUCAUAUCAUGACCAAAGCCCUGACCUGAGUCAGGUCAUAUCAUGACCAAAGCCCUGACCUGACUCUCCUUUCUGACCCUCCCUCCCCACACCCUUCUCCUUUCUUCUUGUUUUCAUCCUCUCUAUCUCACCUUUCAUGAGAGGGGCUCAUAACCAGAGUGAAGCUACACAUCUCUCAAGUCGUUGGCUUGUGUGGUAUUGAGGCUGUGCCGAGUUGAACCAAAUGCGAUAGGGAGGAGGCGGCGGGAAAUUCAAACGAGGGUACUGUUGUGUCCAUGUCUCACAACCAUAAAGUAAGACUGGGAGCUCAAGGGACUUGAAGAUCUGGAUCUUUGUCCUUCUGCACAGGUAUCGACAACGCCAUAUACUUGUGUUGAGCGAGUCCAUAACACCGUGGGCCAGACCAAUCCGUUGUAAGACUUUCUGGCCAGACUCACUGUUGUUAUGAACUACGCUACCAAGAUACGUGAAACUUUCUGAGAUCUCAACGUCCUCGACACAUGCAUGAACAGACUGUACUGUGUCAUCCAGCAAGCCUCCAAACACCUGUACCUUGGUCUUGGCCCAGGAGACCUGAAGUCCCAAGGGCUUCGCCUCCUCGUGCAGUACCUCGAGAGCCAUCACCAAAACCUCCAGCGACUCCGUUAGGAUUACUGCAUCAUCAGCAAAAACAAGGUCAGUGACCCUGGUAUUGCCAAUGGAUGCUCUGCAAUGACUCUGGUCCACAACUCUGCCCAGUACCCAGUCCAUACAAGUGUUGAAAAGUGAUGGGGCAAGGACAUAGCCCUGCCUCACUCCCGCAUUCAUGGGAAAGAAGCUGGACAAGCCCCCCCCACACUUCACAGCACUCUCUGUCCCAGAAUACAGGCCAGUCAGCAAACCAAUAGUCCUCGCAGGAAUCCCACGGAGUCAAAGAAGAUCCCAGAGUGCCUCACGAUGCACUGAAUCAAACGCCUUCUUGAGAUCGACAUAGGCUGCAAGUAUCCCCUGUCGAAACUCUCAUCGGCGCUUCACCAGUACGCGAAGCGCUAGGAUAUGGUCAGUUGUUGACUUACCAGGCAUGAACCCAGACUGUUCAGGUCUCUAGAGCUUCAGCAGCUGGCUGCGAAUUCGCAUCAGCAAUAGGUGGGCAAGCACCUUGCCUGGCACACUGAGCAGUGUAAUACCACGGUGGUUGUUGCAGUCCUGGCGGUCCCCUUUCCCUUUCCAGAUAGGGAUGACCAACCCCCUCUUCUAGUCAGGAGGAAUGGUACCGGACUGCCAUAUGGCAGUCAAGACCGCAUGCAACCCGUGGAUCAUGGCCUCACCUCCAGCUUUGAGCAGCUCCGCGCUGAUGUUACAGGCGCCAGAUGCCUUCCCACCCCUUAACUUGGCCACAGCCUCUCUGACCUCGCCCAGAGAGGGUGGGCUUUCGUCAAUGGGUGGGUCAGCAUCCGCCACCUGCAACCCAGUAACUGGAAGCUGCCCACGCGGAGGGUCCGCCAUGUACAACUGCUCAAAGUACUCAGCCCAAUGAGCCCUCUGCCCAUCCAUGUCCAACACGAGGCAGCCAUCAGCUGUUCGGAUAGCGCUCAUCUGAGAGGAAGACUUGGAGCGGAGCUUCUUCAGGGCUCUGUAGGCAGGUUGGUGGUCAUUCGCAUUUAAAUGGCCCUCGACCUCCUCGGCGAGACCCCUGACAUACCUCUCCUUGUCUCUCCUUAGGAGAGCACUAGUCCUACAUGACAGAACCCUGUAUUGGUCCCGGUUCCCAGCAAGUCUGGCACCGCGACUCUCCUCGAUAUUCUCCAACGUCUCCAUCGAGGCAAAGCCACUCCUAGAUCUCGGAUGCUCUCCGAUGCACUCCUUGGCAGUUUGUAGAGUCUCGCGUUUGAAGGUACAGGUAAAUCUCAGUACACAUAGCUCGUAGCCAACCCUAACCCUGUCAAUGCCAGUAGUAGCACUGAAGUCGCCCAGGACAAUGAGUGUGUCCCGGGGAGGGCACUGGUCUAAUACGGAGACGAGUUUGGCGUAGAACGUCUCCUUCUCUUCAGUUUCACGCAUCUCGGUAGGAGCGUACACUGCAACAAGAGACAUGAAGCCCAGUGUGUGCUUCAGCCUCGCUCGCAUUAUACGCUCAUCAACCGGAGCAACCUCAACCACAAAUGGCAGAUGGUUGGAGAUGCCCAUAGGUAUUCCCCUGACAUGGAAGCCAUUGCUCAUGCCGGACCAGUAGAAGGUGAACACCCCUUCACUGAUCUCGCCAUUGCCAGGCCUCCUUGUCUCAGAGAGUGCCACUAUGUCCACCCUCAGCCUUCUGAGCUCAUUUGAUAAGUAGGGCAGUCGAUCAUCGUCCGAGAGGCUCCGGACGUUCCAGGAGCCCACACACAGAGCCCUCUGAAGGUCAGCCCCAGGCCUGGUUUUGUGGGUGGGCACAGCCUCUGCACCACCCCGGUCACCCCCAAAACAAAAAGAGGGGCUAGGGGGCCCUUCCUCCUUCGAGGUGCAGGGGUCCCGUAGGCUUUGCCCUGCACCUGUCACUGACUGCAGGCUCCCCAGAUGCGGAUGCAUCGUGGUAGCCCGCUGCGCGGUCGGGCCCCCCAGCAAGACCGGAUCAGGGUCGAGGCUCACGCCCCGACCCCAACCUCUACUUUUUAAUUUGUUUUUGGCUGAGGGAAGAUUUUUGUGGGGGAGGGGGUGCAAACCCUUCCCCCAAUAUAUAUACGUAUGUAUAUACACAAAGAAUCAUAUGCAUAAGAAAAUAAUAACUCCUCACUUAACCUCUCCAGAGCAGAUUUGUGCUGAUACGAAAUUAUUAUUAGAAAAUAUUAUGAAAAUGUUUAUGUGAAGGUCUUGCAUGAUCCUGAUCAGAAUAACAUGAUCAAAAGUAAGGUACUGUUUGUUUGUCAGAGAAUCUGAUGAAAAUAAUUUAAUAUUAUGAAAACCUUUUAGGUGGAUCACCAUGGUGUUAGAAUGUCUGCAAGGAAUGUGGGAGUGAAGAUUGAAGUGUACAUGGAAAAAGGUAAAGAUGAGUAAGAUGAGUAAAUUAAAAUUCUACUACAUUUACCAUCAGGGAGUUUCAAGGAGAAGUCAAACUAGAUAGAUAGAUAGUAAUAGAUAUUUAUAAACAAAAGAGAAAAUGUAGUAAGCAAGUCAGCUGUUCUUGAUUUUGAGAACUUAAUAAGUUCUUGAAUAAAACUAUGAAAGAUGUAAGAUAAUAUCACUUCAGAAUAUCAAGUACAGUGUUUCAUGAUCAUCAUCAUAUGCAUAAGUAGCAAGUAUGUACAUCUAUAGGUGUUUGCUGUGUGUUAUUUUCCCUUUUGGUGAUGGUUUUUAUUUAUGUAUAUACACAUCUGAGACACUAUACUUCAUCUUGGGUGUAGAAAGGGAGUCAAUGGAAAUUACAGAAACUUUACAUGUGUGUAAUUUUUUUAUUAUAUGGAAUGGUAGAAAUCAGUGUAAAAUACAUAAAAAUUGGCUCGUGAAUUUUACAAAUGAAACUAAGAUGUAGUCAUGAUGAUAAAUGUAAUGUAAGUUAAGAUGAAGUCAAUAGCUUCAUUUGGCAUGAAGGUGGGUAGUGAUUGUUAUUUAUUAAGUCACAAGUAAUGUUACAUAAAAAGAAACUGAAAGCUCACAUAAUCAACAAAACAACUAUGUCAACCAGUGGAUAUCCAGACACUUUUCUGUUUUAUCAAGAAAAGACAGUUGUAAAGUGAAAAAUGUGGGUGAAAUACUUGUAGUUCAAUUUAGAAUUUAAUAUUUAUUUAUUUGGGUCAUACUUAGACAAACUGAGCCAACCUGUCAGUAUUCAAACUGCUUACACUCUGCCUGCCACUACCUUGUCUAAGUGUGGGUUAUAUGUCAUCUUUUUCCUUUGCCUAGGAAAAUUAAAGUAAUUAUCCUUGCUGAGAUGAGGACAUAUUAUAGACAGGGUGGGCCUCACUUUUAGACCUCCUAUAGGCGAGGUAGUAGUGGGUGCCACAAAAGCAGUUUAAAUAUUGGCUGAGGUACCUCGUUUAUUUACUUCAUAUUAUUUUUAUUUAUUUCUGUAUAUUAUGCUGGAUUGCAUUUUAAAAUGAGUGUAUGUGUAAUAUAGGAUACUAAUUGAAAUCAGAUGCUCAUAAAAUAUGAAGAGAUACAUGAUGAUUGAUUGACGCAGAGAUAUGUGGAAUGCACAUGUUUUUUCAGCUGUAUGAUUAUUGUGAGUUAAGUAGAAUUAAGGAAAUAAAUAUGUGAGUGGAUAGUAUUCUUUGAAACUACAUGUCUCAUAAGGAAGAGGAAUAUAAAUGUACUUCAAAAAAGUGUACAUAAAAAUUUACUUGCUACUCUA